CCGGGGAGCCCACGGGGGUUGGCCCGUCGUUCCCGGGGACCCCCACGGUUCCGCGCGCGGGAGGGUCCCCCGGGGCCCCCGCGGAACCACGCUGGCCGCGCCGAGGCCGGUGUGUGUCCGUGCCCGUCCGUGCGUGUCGGGAGGCUUUCUCUGCCGGCCGCGUCCCCUUCCCCAGCCCCGGGCCGUGUCCUCGCGCCCCUGGCUGGUCCGAUCCGAGGAACUCGCUUCCCCGCUUCCUCCGCGGCCGUCCCCGGGCGUUCGCACCGGCCAGUCGCUCAGCCCACCCCCGCGAAGGCGUCGGGGAAGGCCCCCCGGGAAGAGCGGCUUCAGCGCGCUCGCUUCCCGGCCCGGGCUGCGUUCGGGCCCCAGCCGUUUCAUUCUCCACCACGUUGGAGGAAACGCUGCGCGGCGGCCGUUGGGGGCUGCGAGCACACGGGCUUGCUCCGAGCAGCGUGGUGCCUCCUCGUGGCCCAGCUCGCCCUGGGCCUCGGGCCCCGCGGAGGGUGGGGUGCUGCGUCGCGCUCUUCGGUCGGCUCCGUGCGGAGCGAGGGGGCGCGCCUCCCAAACAUCCUUCUGAGGACCGCAUGGAAACCUAAUUCGGCCUGGGCUCCCCCGAUGGGCCUGCCCUGCCCACAUAACUCACCUCUGCAGACCUCCUCUCCAAGAGAAUGCCCCUUGAUGAAUCUGCGCACUUUGUCUGUAUGACUUUGACUUUCAAGAUCCUCUUCCUCCCAGCCCUCCGCGCACUCGGGCGAAAAGAACUCUGCCUCUUCGGAGAACAACAUCGCUGGCCUGACAGAAGACAGUUCGGCCAUUGGUCAGAAACAGAGCUGUUUCAUGGGCACGGCCUCCUCCAGAGAAGAAAGGCCGUUCUGUCAUCCCAGAAAGGCGGUCUAAGACCACGUGCCACCCGCCUUGUUUUCUUGCCAGGGUCGCAUGUGGGACUCUGCAGUGGCCCCUGUGAGAUGGCCGAGCAACGGUUCUGUGUGGACUACGCCAAGCGUGGCACGGCCGGCUGCAAAAAGUGCAAGGAAAAGAUCGUGAAGGGCGUAUGCCGGAUCGGCAAAGUGGUGCCCAACCCCUUCUCAGAGUCCGGGGGCGAUAUGAAAGAGUGGUAUCACAUUAAAUGCAUGUUCGAGAAACUGGAGCGGGCCCGGGCCACCACAAAAAAAAUUGAGGACCUCACCGAGCUGGAAGGCUGGGAAGAGCUGGAAGAUAAUGAGAAGGAACAGAUAAGCCAGCACAUUGCAGAUUUGUCUUCCAAGGCAACAAGCACACCAAAGAAGAAAGCCGUUGUCCAGGCUAAGCUGACAGCCACUGGCCAGGUGACGUCUCCAGUGAAAGGUGCCUCAUUUGUCACCAAUACCAAUCCUCGGAAGUUUUCUGGUUUUGCAGCCAAGCCCAACAACUCUGGGGAAGCCCGCUCAAGCCCUACCCCUAAGGCAAGCCUGUCCUCAAGCAGAUGUGACCCCAAGCACAAGGAUUGUCUGCUACGUGAGUUUCGGAAGUUGUGUGCCAUGGUGGCUGAAAAUCCUAGCUACAACACGAAGACCCAGAUCAUACAGGACUUCCUUCGGAAAGGUUCAGCAGGAGAUGGUUUCCACGGUGACGUGUACCUAACAGUGAAGCUGCUGCUGCCAGGUGUUAUUAAGAGUGUUUACAACUUGAACGAUAAGCAGAUUGUGAAGCUUUUCAGCCGCAUUUUUAACUGCAACCCAGAUGAUAUGGCACGAGACCUAGAGCAGGGUGACGUGUCAGAGACGAUCAGAGUCUUCUUUGAGCAGAGCAAGUCUUUCCCUCCAGCUGCCAAGAGCCUCCUCACCAUCCAAGAGGUAGAUGCGUUCCUCCUUCGCCUCUCCAAGCUCACCAAGGAGGAUGAGCAACAGCAGGCCCUGCAGGACAUCGCGUCCAGGUGUACAGCCAACGACCUUAAGUGCAUCAUCAGAUUGAUCAAACAUGACCUGAAGAUGAACUCAGGUGCAAAACACGUGUUAGAUGCCCUUGACCCCAAUGCCUAUGAAGCCUUCAAAGCCUCACGCAACCUGCAGGACGUGGUGGAGCGAGUCCUCCGCAAUGAGCAGGAGGUGGAGAAGGAGCCAGGCCGGAGACGAGCUCUGAGUGUCCAGGCUUCACUGAUGACGCCAGUGCAGCCCAUGCUGGCCGAGGCCUGCAAGUCCAUCGAACAUGCGAUGAAGAAGUGUCCUAACGGCAUGUUCUCUGAGAUCAAGUAUGACGGGGAGCGAGUCCAGGUGCAUAAGAACGGAGACCACUUCAGCUACUUCAGCCGCAGCCUCAAGCCCGUCCUGCCUCACAAGGUGGCCCACUUUAAGGACUAUAUCCCCCAGGCUUUCCCUGGGGGCCACAGCAUGAUCUUGGACUCUGAGGUGCUCCUGAUCGACACUAAGACAGGCAAACCGUUGCCCUUUGGGACUCUUGGGGUGCACAAGAAAGCUGCCUUCCAGGAUGCUAACGUCUGCCUGUUUGUUUUUGAUUGUAUCUACUUCAAUGACAUCAGCUUGAUGGACAGGCCUCUGUGUGAGCGGCGGAAGUUUCUUCAUGAUAACAUGGUUGAAAUUCCCAACCGGAUCAUGUUCUCAGAAAUGAAGCAAGUCACUAAAGCUUCGGACUUGGCCGAUAUGAUUAACCGGGUCAUCCGAGAGGGGUUGGAAGGGCUGGUGCUGAAGGACGUGAAGGGUACAUAUGAGCCUGGAAAGCGGCACUGGCUGAAAGUCAAGAAAGACUAUUUGAACGAGGGGGCCAUGGCUGACACAGCUGACCUGGUGGUCCUUGGGGCCUUCUAUGGGCAAGGGAGUAAAGGUGGCAUGAUGUCCAUCUUCCUCAUGGGCUGCUAUGACCCAGGCAGCCAGAAGUGGUGCACGGUCACCAAGUGUUCGGGAGGCCAUGAUGAUGCGACGCUUGCCCGCCUGCAGAAGGAACUGGACAUGGUGAAGAUCAGUAAGGAUCCCAGCAAGAUACCCAGCUGGCUGAAAAUCAACAAGACCUACUACCCGGACUUCAUAGUUCCAGACCCAAAGAAAGCUGCCGUGUGGGAGAUCACAGGGGCUGAGUUCUCCAAAUCUGAGGCUCACACGGCCGACGGAAUCUCCAUCCGAUUCCCUCGUUGCACCCGGAUCCGUGAUGAUAAGGACUGGAAAUCUGCCACUGACCUCCCCAAACUGAAGGAACUAUACCAGCUGUCCAAGGAGAGGGCAGACUUCACUGUGGCGGCCGGAGACGAGGGGAGCUCCACUACUGGGGGCAGCAGCGGAGAGAACGAGGUUACCUCGCGGCCUGCCUCCAGGGCCUCCCCGAAGCAGCCCUCCACCAGUGCCAAGAAGGCAGGAGGGAGGCGGAGCAGCCCCGACAGCCGAGGCGGUAGCAAGCCCACAGCGAAGCCUCCCCCCGUGAGAGUGGGAGAGAAGCGGAAGGCUCCCGACGAGCCCCCGGGCCAAGCAAAGGUGCUGCUGGACAUCUUCACUGGGGUGCGGCUCUACCUGCCACCCUCCACGCCGGACUUCAGCCGUCUCAGACGCUACUUUGUGGCAUUCGAUGGGGACCUGGUGCAGGAAUUUGACAUGGCUUCGGCCACACACGUGCUGGGGAGCAGGGACGAGAACCCUGAGGCCCAGCAGGUCUCCCCGGAGUGGAUCUGGGCGUGUAUCCGGAAACGGAGGCUGGUAGCUCCCUGCUAGGACCGCGGCCCUCCGUCUCCCUUGGCCGCACUCUUCUGCCUCCCCACAGGCCUGUGCUCCUGCUGGGCAGGCGGGCGGCCCCAGGAACCAGGGGAGGCGGGUGGCAUUUCUUCUCCAAGCGGUGCAUUUUCAGAACACGCCAGCCAUGCUUGGUCUCUUCCCGACCAGGAUGGACUUGCUGUGGGCACCCCUCCAGGGAAAUCACUUUCUCCUGCUGGUUUACAUAGAUCUUUCAGAUCUGGGUGCUGGUUUGGUUGUCUUUGUUUUCUUUCAAAAGCAGCUUCCCCACGCGCCCCCCCCCCCCAUAGAUAAAAUCUCUUGCAGUUAUCCCUGGCCUUGCCCCCCAUCCCCUGUAACUUCCCUAGCAAUUAAGGCUAUUGAAGGCCGUCCACAAAGCCACUUGCCCCUUUUACUUGCAGGCUCAUUUUAAAAGUUGUAUUUAAAAGAUUGCCUUCGGAAACGCUUCUUAUACUUGGCGGAACUUGUAUUCAACUUGGCCCUUUUUGCCAGGAAUGAAUCCUUAUUUGAAAGAAAACAAAAUGAAUUUUAUGACUUAA